AUGAGGGAAAGGUCAGUUCAAAGAUCCAGUGCGGCCGCAGGAAGUCGGGGCACAUCCACGGGCUCCUGGGAGGAGGCGGCGGCUGAGGCAGUGGCCGUGGUCUCCAAGGGGGACCUGCUCUGGACCGGGGGAGCUCUGCAAGUGUCAGGUGAAGCGGGGCCUGUGUUCCUGGUGCUUCCUUGCUGGGAAUGUGCCAGCGCCCUCGCUGGCUGGUGCCGGGGCCUGCGCACGCCACCACAUAGCUGCAGCCAGCUGUCGGCGUUGCUGCUGACAAGCUGCGUGAUCCUACUGAAGCGGUCGGGCCUGAAGGUGAGGUUCUGCACCAACGAGUCGCAGAAGUCCCGCGGGCGCCUGGUGGAGGAGCUUCGCAGCCUGGGCUUUGACAUCUCGGAGGGUGAGGUGACUGCGCCGCCCCCGGCCGCCUGUCGGCUCCUGAAGGAGCGAAGCCUCCGGCCACACCUGCUGGUCCACGACGAAGUCCGCUCAGAGUUCGAUCAGAUCGACACGUCCAACCCCAACUGCGUCGUGAUCGCAGACGCAGCAGCAGGUUUUUCCUAUGAGAACAUGAACAAAGCCUUCCAGGUGCUCAUGGGGCUGGAGGACCCAGUGCUCAUAUCGCUGGGACAGGGACGCUACUACAAGGCGACCUCUGGCCUGAUGCUGGACGUUGGUGGCUACAUGAAGGCUCUCGAGUUCGCCUGCGGAAUCCAGGCCGAGGUGGUGGGGAAGCCUGCUCCAGAGUUUUUCAAGUCUGCCCUGCGGGAGAUGGGGCUGGAGGCCCACGAGGCCAUCAUGAUCGGGGACGACAUCGUGGGCGACGUUGGCGGGGCCCAGCGGUGCGGAAUGAGAGCGCUGCAGGUGCGCACCGGGAAGUUCAGGCCCAGCGACGAGCACCAUCCCGAAGUGAAGGCUGACGGGUACGUGGACAACCUCGCGGAGGCCGUGGACCUGCUGCUGCAGCAUGCGGACAAGUGACAGGGCCUUGGGGAAGGUUCCCAGCCCCGUCACCCUCCCCCAGUGCCCAGACCACCCAAGGCUGCCCUCCACAGGCAGGCAAGAAGGUGCCAGCCAGCCUGUGUGGGCUCCCAGCCCCUUCCUGUCUCCCUCUGCUAACCCUCCCCCCUCCCUCCCCCA